AUGGGGGGAGGCCUUCUUGUGGAGGGGCAAAAGCCUAACACCCUCUACCCAGAAUCCCGGGUGCUCAUUAUCAUGACGGGCGGGACAAUCUGCAUGCAGCCUUCUGUCGAUGGGCUGAUUCCUAUGACGGGGUUUCUCGAGAACGCCAUGGCACCGCGGCCCUCGUUCAAUGACAAUUCAACCCCCUCAGUCAAAAUCCAUGCCUACAAGAACGGCGUCAAGUUGACACUCGACAGCCUGCGCACUCCCCCAAGUGCCUACUCGCGCCACAUCCGCUAUGGCAUCCUGGAGUUCCAACCCCUCCUCGACUCCAGCUCCAUCUCCUCGAUGGGCUGGACCGAGAUCGCCAUGACCAUUAAGGAGAACUACCACGUCUUUGAUGGCUUCGUCGUCCUCCACGGCACCGACUCGCUUGCCUACACAGCGUCAGCCCUCUCUUUCAUGAUGUCGGACCUCGGCAAGCCCGUCAUCUUGACAGGCUCACAGGCCUCCAUAUUCGCCCUGCAGUCCGACGCCGUCGACAACCUGUUGGGCUCACUCAUCAUCGCCGGCACCUUCGUCAUCCCCGAGGUUUGCCUCUUCUUCCAUCACACUCUCUUCCGCGGCAACCGCACCACCAAGGUAUCCGCGUCCGCCUUCGAGGCCUUCGAUAGCCCCAACUGCGAGCCGCUCGCCAAGGUGACCUCGCUGGGGGUCGAGGUCAACUGGUCGCUCGUGCGGCGGCCCACGCGCAUCGCGGAGUUCGCCGUCACCAAGUAUCUCGACACCGCGCACGUGGCGUGCCUGCGCAUCUUCCCGGGGAUCAAGCCCGAGAUGGUGGAUUCUGUGCUUAGGGUGCCGAAUCUCCGCGGCCUGAUCCUCGAGACGUUCGGCAUGGGCAACGCGCCCGGCGGCGUAGACGGGAGCCUGACCAAGGUGAUCCGGGAGGCCGUCGAGCGCGGCAUUGUCGUCGUCAACGUGAGCCAGUGCACCAACGGGUUCGUCUCGCCGUUGUACGCGCCGGGCACCGCGCUCGGCCGGGCGGGUGUCGUAUUUGGGCACGACCUGACCACGGAGGCGGCGCUGACGAAGCUAUCCUACCUUUUGGCCCUGCCAGGGCUUCGGUAUGCCGAAGUCACCGCCAAGAUGGCGCAUUCCCUGCGCGGCGAGAUGACGGAAAUGACGACGCCCUCCUUCUCGCAUCCGGCGGGCAGCAUCGACUCGGCUGUGGGCCGCCUCACCUCAGCGGGCACGCCUCCCCAACUCACCCACACGACCUACCACCAUGCAGAAACGGCCUUUACAGCCCUAGGCUACGCGAUCCGCAACGGCGAGCUGCGCACCGUCCGCGAGAUCUUGGAGGGAGACGAGUUCAGUCACCAGCUCCUCAAGCGCGCCGACUACGCGGGGAACACUGCGGUGCAUCUCGCCGCCGUCGGCCCGGAGCCGCUCAUCCUGCGGGACCUGCUCAUGCGCGGCGCGAGCGUGCACGCGCGCAACAGGGCAAACAACACGCCGCUGUACCUCGCCGAGAAGAUGGGCAACGCCGAGAGCGUGCGCCUGCUGAAAGAGGCGGGUGCGCACCUAUGGCUGGAUAACGACCUCAAGGGCGAGGGCAGCCGCGUGCCCAGCCGCGGGGUCAGUCGCGCGGUGUCCCCAGUGAGGUCGACUUCUGCGUCGGGUUCGGGAUUGGGUUCUUCCCCAACGACGGCGGCGACGGCGAUGGCGACUUGUUUAGAAGGUGGAAAGGAUGGGAUUAGCGGGACUGGGGAGGGGAAGGCUGCGGGUGCUGCUGAGGAGGUUGGUGGACGUGGUGGUGAUGAAGUGGAGUUGGUUCAGCCUGAGCUGGCGAGCCGGGCGUUGCUGACGGGGGUUAAAGGGCAUAUCGUUGGCUGA